AGUUCAUACACAGCUGAUGGAAUGCGCAUGAAGUGCGCAUUUAUAAACGUGUACGAAUUAUAAAAUAAGUGGAAGAAUUCUGUCUAUGAAUCGAGACGCCGGGCUAUUUACUAUUUUCUGUAGUAUCACAGGAAUUCUGAUAAAAUUGCAUUUAGAAUCGAAAGAUCUUGCAUACAUAAUAGCUUACUGUAUGACAGUAACCAUGUUCAUGACCUUGUUCAUGAACUUGUAUGAACAUAUUUUUAAGAAAUAUUUUUCGAGUGAAACAAGUAUUAUAAAGACAACUAUGAAAACAGAGAAAAAAUGUGAUCUCGACUCAAUGCGUGGUUUGGAUUGUGGGACGCAUAUGGCACAUUUAUAUUAUAACGGAUAUUUAAGGAUCAUACUUCCGUCGCCUGGUACCACAACUAAAGGAUUAAUUGAGAAGAUUGAGGAUUACGAAGAUAUCAACAAUAUACAAAUAUGUGUACACAAAUUGUUCAUUUUAAUUCCAUCGUCGUCGUACAUUCCACCUGAUCUGGUAGAUGCCUCAAACAAGUGGAUGGAGGGUACCAUGGACUUGUCUAAUGAAGUCCGAAAUCGUGGCGGAGUAAAGAGAAGAGAAUACCAUAAUACUGUAUAUAAAAUUUAUCCCGAUGGCCAAAAGACGAACGCGCCUUUGUAUUUAGUAGUAGAAGGUGCAUCUCCUUUGGUGACUCUCUACGAGAUGACAACACGUGCUCACGCCGAGACGGAGGUUUACCGAUCUCAUUCUAAAGAUAUUAUAAGGAAAUUUUACGAGAAAUUAAAAGAUCUAUUAGAUAACGAUCCAGAAUGCGCGAACACUUACGAAUUAAUAUAUUACGAUGAUGAUAAGAAUGGGAAUAAAGUCAACGUUGCGAAGGUGAUUUUAGACAGGCUUGCUGAGAACCGGGUGUAAAUAUUAAUUAUGAUUUUUAAACAUGUUUUAAAUAAUGUCAGUGAUGUAAUGUAUACAGUGCAAUUCUUACAAAUCUCCAAAAUUAUAAAUCUAUUAUUAUGUUGUA